GAAACGGGCAUUUCAUGUGAGCCACUAACUCUCCUAUAAAUAUCCACAUAAACGAAAUGAAUUUAACUAUUCAAAACAAGGAAAUUUAGAUAAAAAGACUAUGGAGAAAUUAACUCUCGUGGUUGCUUUCUUGCUUCUUUCAUCAAUCUUUAUUCAACCUCUCACGGCUCAGUCGAGUUGCCCAGGGGUCAAGAAAGGAGCAUGGCCGGAACUUCUUGGAGUACCAGCAAAGUUUGCUAGGGAAAUAAUUCAGAAGGAAAAUCGGAGACUAACUAAUGUUCCAAAUGUACUAAAUGGUUCUCCCGUGACGAAAGAUUUAAGAUGUAAUCGAGUUCGUCUUUUUGUUAAUGUGCUUGACUUUGUUGUACAAACUCCCCGAGUUGGUUAGGGGAAAAAAUUUACUCACAUCGAGCGUUCAAAUACGUCUACUAAUAGCCCCCAAGAUAAUAAAUUGGAGCCGUAUGGUUAUUGCUCCAUGCAUGUAAUCUACUGUUUGGUGAUAAAUAAGUGUGGCUUUUGUAUUA